UUCUGUCAAAACAACUAGAGGAUGAUGAUAAUGGUACAUUAGAGGCCGCGCCAAACAGCACCUGUCCUUGGCCCAAAACCCUAGGGAAGGACUCUUUUUCAAAAUCCAUAAAAUACCCUUUUCAUUUUCCUUAUGUAUAAAUGAAAACCCUAGCUAUAAUCACCGAGUAUUACACUUCAAGUAACGAAUUGGAACCCAUUUUGCCUCUCUCGCUCGCUUCCCCUAUCCAAUUACUAGUGUUGAUAUUUCCUAAAUCGCAGUCCUUGUCGUUUACUGCACUUUAUGCUUCCAAGAAAGCGACCUGUUGAAGGCGUGCUUGUAGAAGCAGAAGAAGAGAACGGAAGCAAGACAGCAGGUUCGGCCUCGAUUAAAAAGCAUCGGAUCGAUUGCGUUCUUGAAUCAGCUGAAAAGACUACUGCCACCAAUACGACCAAUAACAACAGCAACAGUAGCAUCGUUGGCCUCAACAAAGACAAGAGUAGUAGAGAUUUGAUUAUGGCACCUGGCGAUGCAAAUCUGAGUGAUAUCGAUGAGGAUCUGCACAGCCGGCAGCUAGCUGUGUAUGGCCGUGAAACCAUGCGGCGGCUUUUUGCUUCUAAUGUCCUAGUCUCGGGCAUGCAGGGUCUUGGUGCUGAGAUUGCUAAAAAUCUUAUUCUUGCUGGGGUCAAGUCUAUAACAUUGCACGAUGAAGGGGAAGUGGAGAUGUGGGAUUUGUCCAGUAAUUUUGUUUUUUCUGAGAAAGAUGUUGGAAAGAACAGGGCAUUAGCUUCUGUUCAGAAGUUGCAGGAACUAAAUAAUGCAGUAGUUGUUUCCACCUUAACUACAGAACUAACAAAGGAAAAACUUUCUGAUUUCCAGGCUGUUGUUUUUACUGAUAUCAAUCUUGAGAAAGCCAUUGAGUUCAAUGACUACUGCCAUAGCCAUCAGCCUCCUAUCUCUUUCAUUAAGGCUGAAGUUAGAGGUCUUUUUGGUUCUGUAUUUUGUGACUUUGGACCUGAAUUCACAGUUUUUGAUGUUGAUGGAGAGGAUCCACACACGGGUAUAAUUGCAUCCAUCAGCAAUGACAACCCUGCUCUAGUAUCAUGUGUGGAUGAUGAGAGGCUUGAGUUUCAGGAUGGGGAUCUUGUUGUAUUCUCUGAAAUUCAUGGAAUGACAGAGCUAAAUGAUGGCAAGCCAAGGAAGAUAAAAAGUGCCAAGCCAUAUGCCUUUACUCUUGAUGAGGAUACCUCGAAGUUCAGUACCUAUGAGAAAGGUGGUAUUGUAACACAGGUGAAACAACUCAAGGUGUUGAACUUUAAGCCACUGAGGGAAGCACUUGAAAAUCCUGGUGAUUUUCUUUUGAGUGAUUUCUCCAAGUUUGAUCGCCCACCUCUCCUACAUCUAGCAUUUCAAGCAUUGGAUAAGUUUUUGUCAGAACUAGGUCGAUAUCCUGUUGCUGGUUCAGAAGAGGAUGCUCAGAAGCUUAUAACUUUGACUGCUAACAUAAAUGAAAGCUUGGAAGAUGGAAAAGUGGAGGACAUUGAUCCAAAACUUCUUCGACAUUUUGCCUUUGGUGCCAGGGCUGUACUGAAUCCCAUGGCUGCCAUGUUUGGCGGCAUUGUGGGACAAGAGGUUGUCAAAGCGUGCUCUGGAAAAUUUCAUCCUCUCUUUCAGUUUUUCUAUUUUGACUCUGUGGAGUCACUCCCUAAAGAGAAUUUGGAUCCCAGUGCUUUUCAACCAUUAAAUAGCCGUUAUGAUGCACAAAUUUCAGUUUUUGGAUCUAAGCUCCAGAAGAAAUUAGAAGAUGCCAAUGUGUUCAUUGUAGGAUCUGGUGCAUUAGGCUGUGAAUUCUUGAAAAAUGUUGCAUUAAUGGGUGUUUCAUGCGGGAAAAAGGGAAAGUUGACAAUAACUGAUGAUGAUGUAAUAGAGAAAAGUAACUUAAGUAGACAGUUUCUCUUCCGUGAUUGGAACAUUGGACAGGCCAAGUCAACAGUUGCUGCUGCUGCUGCGGCAUCAAUAAAUCCAAGUCUCAACAUUGAAGCAUUGCAAAAUCGCGUGGGCCCUGAAACUGAGAAUGUCUUUGAUGAUACAUUCUGGGAGAAUUUAACUGUUGUCAUAAAUGCUUUGGACAAUGUUAAUGCCAGGUUAUAUGUUGAUCAGAGGUGCUUGUACUUUCAGAAGUCACUUCUUGAGUCUGGAACCCUGGGUGCCAAAUGCAACACCCAGAUGGUCAUUCCUCAUCUGACUGAAAACUAUGGUGCCUCGAGAGACCCGCCUGAGAAGCAAGCACCCAUGUGCACAGUCCAUUCAUUCCCACACAAUAUUGACCACUGCUUGACAUGGGCUCGAUCGGAAUUUGAAGGUUUGCUUGAGAAAACUCCAGCUGAAGUGAAUGCCUACCUAUCCAAUCCAGCUGAAUAUACUUCUGCUAUGGCUAAUGCUGGUGAUGCUCAGGCAAGGGAUACGUUAGAGCGUGUCCUUGAGUGUCUUGACAAGGAAAAGUGCGAGACGUUCCAAGAUUGCAUUACCUGGGCUAGAUUAAAGUUUGAAGAUUAUUAUGCUAAUCGUGUAAAGCAGUUGAUUUAUACAUUUCCUGAAGAUGCUGCAACCAGUACUGGGGCACCAUUCUGGUCUGCCCCAAAGCGGUUUCCUCAUCCACUUGAGUUCUCAGCUUCUGAUCCUGGUCACCUCCAUUUUGUCAUGUCUGCAUCCGUACUUCGAGCGGAGACUUUUGGCAUUCCCGUUCCUGACUGGGUCAAGAAUCCUAAGAUGUUGACUGAGGCUGUUGAGAAGGUUAUGGUACCAGAAUUUCAACCAAAGAAAGAUGCGAAAAUUGUGACGGAUGAGAAGGCUACCAGUCUUGCUACUGCAUCUGCAGAUGAUCUAGCGAUUAUCAAUGAAAUAAUCGCGAGAUUAGAGCAGUCCAGGAAGAAAUUGCCACCAGGAUACAGGAUGAAGCCAAUUCAGUUUGAGAAGGAUGAUGAUACAAACUUCCAUAUGGAUUUGAUUGCUGCACUUGCCAACAUGAGAGCAAGAAACUAUAGCAUUCCUGAGGUUGACAAGCUGAAAGCCAAGUUUAUAGCAGGAAGGAUCAUUCCUGCUAUUGCAACCUCAACAGCAAUGGCAACUGGUCUUGUGUGCUUGGAGCUGUACAAGGUUCUCGAUGGGGGCCACAAACUAGAAGACUAUCGCAAUACUUUUGCCAACCUAGCACUACCUUUAUUCUCCAUGGCUGAGCCAGUCCCACCCAAGGUUAUCAAGCAUCGGGACAUGAAGUGGACCGUUUGGGACAGGUGGAUUGUUAAGGAUAAUCCUACUCUGAGGGAACUUCUUCAAUGGCUCAAGGAUAAAGGGUUGAAUGCUUAUAGCAUCUCAUGUGGCAGUUGCCUGCUCUACAAUAGCAUGUUUCCUAAGCAUAGAGAAAGAAUGGACAGGAAGGUGGUGGAUUUGGUUAGGGAAGUGGCAAAAUUAGAAUUGCCUCCAUACCGAUCUCAUUUUGAUGUUGUGGUGGCAUGCGAAGAUGACGAGGACAAUGAUAUCGACAUUCCCCCGAUAUCUAUUUACUACCGUUAAGUUGUAUUCCCAAUUUGCCUAAUCAUUGGCCCUGUGAUUUUAGGAAAAUACUUAUAAUCAGACUUUAGUCUUUCAUCUCCAUGUUCUGUCUGGGAGUAUACCAAGAUUUAAGGCUUCCCAGUAUCCAAUUUCUUAUGCAUUGCAGAUAUCAUGUAUACUUGCUUAUGUUUUGAUGGUGAUCCACAGCUGACUCUUUUCUUGCAUUUACGUUGGACGUUGUUAAUGAGAUUUUGGAAAUUGCGUUAUUAUUUGGUUCA